UACUACAUGUUUAUGUCUAAUUAACUGUACGGACUUGAACUGCUCUGAAGAUUUUCCAAGAUUACUAACUAUUUACACAGAAGUGAAGCAGAUAAUUAUAUCUGUUUACCAUUAAUUCAGUCAUCAGCAUAUUGUCGUUAUCUCUAAUAUAUUCGUUGUAAUACAGACUUGUUACAAGUUCUUUUUCUAUCCAUUCUUCCAUUUGCGAGCAAGACUGAAAUACGCUCCAUCUGCCAACAUGACUAUACUGAAGACCCUGAUCGCUGGAGGACAGGUGUAUUUCAGGAGAUGUUACGCCACAGGCUCGAAAUUGGUCGAAACUACGCGUGACAACGAUACAGGGAUCGACAUUAUAUCUAUGGCACGAGCACCUGUCAACAGCCUGAACACAGAGCUGCUAGGUGCACUGAAAACAUCUCUGCUGCAGUCUCAAGAGAAUCGCAGCAAGGGCAUUAUACUGACGUCAUCGUUGCCGACUGUAUUCUCAGCAGGAUUAGACAUUAUGGAAAUGUACAAUUCCGACGUGAAGAGGCUCACCACCUUCUGGCGUGCCUUUCAGGACGCCUGGUUGGCUCUUUACACUCUGCAGAUUCCAGUCGCUGCUGCCAUCAAUGGCUCUAGUCCUGCCGGAGGUUGCAUGCUGGCGAUGUCUACGGAGUACAGGGUCUUCGUGGAAGGAAAGCACACUAUAGGGCUGAACGAGACACAGUUGGGCAUUGUCGCUCCUAAAUGGCUUAUGGAGGUUUACAUCUUGGUGUUGGGCUAUCGACAGGCCGAGAAAGCACUCUUAAAGGGAGCGAUGUUUAAACCUGAAGCAGCAUUGCAAAUGGGACUCGUGGAUGAGCUCGCCAAGGAUAAAGCCGACGCGAUUGAGAAGUGCAAGAAUUACAUACUGUCUUUUAAGAAUAUACCAGCCAACGGAAGGGGCGCGACCAAGUUAGAGGUGCGAAACGACUUGAUUCAAUGGAUGAAAGAAAAUCAAGAAGCUGAUGUUAAUAAAUUCUUGACUUACAUACAAUUACCAAAGGUACAAGCUGGGCUUAAAUUCUACAUCGAACACCUGAAGCAAAAGCAACAAUAGUUACGGCGAUGAUGAUUGUAUUUUUGUAUUUGUAAAAUUGUGAUUUUUAUAAAUCAGCUUUGAUAAACUUUUAUAAGAGUUUUAUAUAAGAGGUUUUCUGUGUAUAUUAGAAUAUAUAUAUAUAUUUUUUAAUAGCCAAUAAAUGCGAUAUACGUAAAAU